UCCUCCCCCCUGGAACUGUUCUCUCUCUCCCCCUCCUUCCCUCCCAUCCGAUUCUCAAUCCAGCGGCCGGCCGGCCGUCCGUCGCACCUCCCCUCCCGCAGCCGUUUUCCAUCUCCGCUCGUCCCCUCGCAGGUCGCAGCCGCUCAGACUACGCACAGGUGCCAAAUCCCCCAAAUCAGGAACAGCGAGCCGCCGCCGAUGCGCAGAUGCAGGCAGCAGGUGACCUCGGGGGACCUGUUCCCGCAACCAAUUUCGAACAAGUUGUGAUGAUGACCUAUCCGGACCGGGCCGUAGAGCCGAGCCACCCAGGAGCAGCAGGGCUGCGCGUGGAAAAGGAACACGUCGGCGAACAAGCAAACCCCGAAGGAGGUCUGCAGCCGAUUGGUCAAAUUAAUCAGGAAAAUGCAUCAAAUGGCAUUGGCACAACUGUGCAAGGACUGUUGGCAGAUAUGUUGCAUAAACAAACCAACUCGGCGGACCCUGCAGUGCAGAGCGCUGAAGGACAAGACCAAUUACUUGGUGUUACAGAAGGGCAUGAUUUGUCUAGCAAUGAUACAAGCAGUGGAAGCGAUUCAGGUAGCAGCUCUGGGAGUGAGUUAGAUACUGAACUAGGAAAAUGUUUUUACCCUAGUAUCGAGGCAUUGGAGAAUUCAAGACCACCGGAAGUUGGAAUGAAAUUUCCUACCCUUGAAGAUGCAGAACGUUUCUAUAGCACACAUGCUCUGCUAACUGGUUUUGCAGCAAGGAGGGGAACUAAUUACAAGAGAAAGAAGUUUCACCUACUAUGCAACAGAAGUGGUAAAUUAAAACCAGCUCAGGACCUGCAGAGGAAGAGGAAGGUUAAUGUUUUGGGCUCACAGUGCCAAGCAAAGGUGAUAGUGAAGCUCCAUAACGAGCAAUGGGAGUUCACAGGAGUUAAGCACGAGCACAAUCAUCCAUUAUGUCCAUCCCCAUCGCUCACGAGUUUCUUUUUGGAUCACAAAUACUUGUCAAGUGAAGAGAAGUUAUUUCUAAGAGUUCUGCAACAAAGUAGGGUAAAUCCAAGGAAAGCUAUGAAUAUUUUCCAGAGAAUGAGAAGCAACUUUGGAAAUGUAUCAUCAUCAAAAGAGAAAGAUACGAGCAAUUCACAGUGUGUAGACCAAUGGAGAAAAGAAAAUUCAGAUGUUGAAACCGCAUUGAAGCGCUUCAAAGAACUGGAGCUGCGGAACCUAGGAUUUUCCUACACCAUGCAAAAAGAUGAAGAUAACAUAGUUAGGAGUCUUUUCUGGACUGAUGCAAGGUCGAAACUAGAUUAUGAGAUUUUUGGGGAUUUCAUAUCGUUUAGCACUACCUAUAGCACUAAUAGGCAUAAUAUGCCUUUCACCCCUAUCAUUGGAAUGAAUAAUCAUGGGAGAAUCCUUGUGUUUGGAUGUGCCUUGCUACAAGAUCAGAAAGCUGAAACCUUCAAAUGGAUGUUCCAAACUUUCUUGCAUGUGAUGGGAGGGAAACUGCCAAAAACAAUCAUAAUCGACCAAGAUGAAGGUAUGGUGAAAGCAAUUGCAGAGGUCAUGCCACAAGUAAGGCCCAGGCUUUGCAAGUUCAGUGUGAUGCGAAAAGCACAGGAAAUGCUAGGAGCCUUCAUGGCAGCAAGGGGCAACAUGAAUGCAGAGCUGCAUGGCUUGGUAGACAACUCACUGACAGAAAAGGAAUUUGAAGAAGGUUGGGCUGUGCUCAUUGAAAGAUACGAUGCAAGUGAAAAUGAGUACCUCCGACUGAUGUGGAAAAUUAGGAAACGCUGGGUGCCUAUCUAUUUCCAAGCAGAUUUCUAUCCAUUUGUCGAGUCAGCUGGACAUGUUGAGAGGACAAACUUAUUAUUCAAAGACAAUGUGCUUCUUCAGGACAGUGUCGAGAAGUUUAUCGAGCAAUACGAGAGAAUACAAGAGAGCAUAGUGAAAACAGAGGAAGAGGAUACAUUGCAGCCAGCAACUGAACCGGCAUACUUCUCCAUGCAGCCAAUAGAAAGGCAUGCAGCGCGCAUAUACACGAGGCAAAUAUUUCUGAGAGUACAGAAAGAGCUAUACUGUUCUACGGCGCUCAACGCUUAUGAGAUACGAGGAGGAUCGGCUUACAGACUUGAAAAGGUCUUCAACUACAAGAACCCGGAGUUUGACAGAAACUCUUUCGAAGUGCUAGCUGAACCUGGCACCCACGUAUUCAAAUGCCAAUGCGCAAAGUUUACCAGGGAUGGGUUUUUAUGCUGCCACAUAUUCAGAGUUUUCACGCAGCUCGGAGUCACCGAAAUACCAGCGCAGUAUAUAGUGCCAAGAUGGGCCCGUGAAUUCAGAGAGGAGCGGCUGAAGGAGCAUGAGAAGAAAUGCUCGAAGAGAGCAGAAAACAAAAUGAGAUGUGCGAUGUUGUUGGGUAAAAUGGCGGGCAUUGGCAAGGGGAUAUGCAUGGACGGUGCGAAAUGCGGUGGCUUCAUGCUCGAGCUAGACAAGGUGCAGGAAAGAUUGGCGACGACGACAGAAGUAAACCCUAGGAAAUGAUUAGAUGGCAGGUAUUGCGGUGCAAAUGAGAGCUAGCGAGUUUAUUUUUCGGAUGUUUUUCUUUAUCCAGGGAGAAGUAGGAUAGUUAGCAUGUUCCGAUUUAGCAUAUGGUUAGGGACAAGAUUCCAGGGGAUGCAGGCAGGCAGUCUUGUAUGUGAGACUUGAUAUCGAUGGGGAUUGGAUACCUCCUCUGAUUAUCCAGCAUUUUUGGCCGCUGGCUGUUU